AUGUCUGCCGCGGUCGACGCCGAAACAGCGCGCUCGCUGUCGCUGUUCCGGCCCCUGGGUGCGUUUGUCCUCCCUCUCUGCCUCUUCCAACAGCAUCAGCAUUUUAUCAGCCCAGAUCGAGCAGGCCAGUCGGAGUUUGGAACCGCGCCUCGUGCUGCAUCCACUGGGCUCGCUGCCUACUAUGCCAGCUCCGUCUCGGUGCGCCCAGAGCACUAUGAGACCCUGCUCUGCCAGGGCUGGAGACGCUCCGGCACUCUGUACUACAAGCAGAACCUGCGGCGAUCAUGCUGUCCGCACUAUACCAUGAGGCUGCAAGCCGCCGACUUCAAGCCGCGACGCGACCAGCGCAAAGCACUCAACCGGUGGAACAAAUAUGUCCUGGGCCAGGAAUACAUCCGCAAAGCCGCGAUGCUGGCCCCUAAAACUCGAGAAGAGAAGAAAAAACGACAACAGGGGUUUGACCUUGCCCAGGAAGUCCAUGCCUCCGAGUAUGCCAAUCUGCCACGACCCAUCGACCCCAAGACCAAAAAGCCCAUUGAGCCUGCCCACAAGUUCGAGGUCACUAUCGAGGGAGACUCCCUCUCGCAAAGAAAAUACGAGGUCUUUCUCAAAUAUCAAGCAGCCAUCCACAACGAGUCAGCCGAUAGAUGGAAGUCGGCUGAUUUCAAGCGCUUCUUGUGCACUGGCUUGACGAGAAACUCGCCCAAGGAGGGCUCGGGCGAGAAGAAAAUCGGCUCGUGGCACCAGUGCUAUCGUCUCGACGGCCGGCUCAUUGCCGUGGCCGUGCUGGAUUUGCUCCCCGAAGGCGUGAGCUCGGUGUACUUGUUCUAUGAUCCCGAGUUUGGUGACUGGGGAUUCGGAAAACUGAGUGCACUGCGAGAAAUCGUUCUGGCUAGGGAGGAGAAUUAUCAGCAUUACUACAUGGGUUAUUACAUUCACUCGUGCCAGAAAAUGCGCUACAAGGCUUUGUAUAGACCGCAGUAUAUUCUCGGUAAACUCUUUCCACCAAAAACUUCUUCUACACACACCACUAAUCAACCAGACCCUGAAAGCAAGACCUGGGACCCUCUCGACGGCGAACUCAGCCAAAAACUCGACAAGCGCAAAUACGUCUCGCUCUCCCACGACCGCGCCAAUCCUUCAUCGUCAGAAGAAGAAGAAACCGUUCCCGAACUCGCCAACGAGGAGGAACUCUCCCUCUUCGACAUCCACAUGCCCGGUGUGCUCACCGCAGACCAGGUGCUCAGCCAGCUCGACCUCGACCACUGGCUGCUGCUGGUGCACGGCUCCUUUGUGCACAUGUCUGACCUAGUCGGGUGGGAGGAUGCAGACCUGCACAGCGCCCAGAGCAUCAAGGGGAUCGUGGGCGAGCUGGCGGCUGUGUUGGGUGUGGACGUGGUGCGGAAGAGUGCUUGUGUGCUUUUUGAUUAA